AUGUGCUGUAAUGGGGAAAUAGUCUCUCUUCCCCGAGUAAAUGCUCCUCAGGAAUUGCUUGAAAUCUUCUUGGACCCCUCUGCAGAAGGAAACCAUUUUAGAAAACAUAUUCGUGGAUACAAUCAUGUAUUUUCCUUCACUUCGUGUGGUGUGCACAUAGACGAACAACUGGCUAUAACAGGAUGGGAUAUCAAUACUCGAAGUCAAAGUGGGAGCAAAGUAUCAUGCCGAACAUAUUAUAGCUAUAUGCUCCAGAUCCGCCCCGAUGAUCAUUCCACCGUAUUGCAAGCAGGGUGGCUACUACAACAAUUUGUUGUUGAUAACUCUGUGAAAAUUGAAACUAGAAAGUUAAGAUGGGUUCAAACUAGACAGAAGAAAUUACGAGUUGAAUUAUACCAAGGGUUACAAAAUGCUUUGCACACAGGAGAAACCAAUGCAGAAAAUGUUGGAAGAAAAAGAACAAUAUUACCAUCGUCGUUCAUUGGUAGCCGUCGCGACAUGACCCAACGAUAUGAAGAUGGAAUGGCGAUUGUUCUUAAAGAGGGAAAGCCAGAUAUUUUUCUCAUAAUGACAUGCAAUCCAUCUUGGACUGAAAUAACUUCAGAACUCAACCCAGUUCAAACUCCACAAGAUCGUCCAGAUCUAACAACAAAAAUUUUUCGAGCCAAAUUUGAACAGCUGAAAGAGGAUGUAAUUACUAAGGGUGUCUUGGGAAAGGUGAAGAGCUAUAUUUAUGUCACUGAGUUUCAAAAAAGAGGGUUGCCACAUGUACAUAUAUUGCUAAUCUUAGAAAACAAUGAUAAGUUAAUUGACCCGGAGCAUUAUGAUAGUUUGGUACGUGCAGAGAUACCAUCUAAAGAAGUAGAACCACACCUACAUGAUGCUGUGCUAAAACAUAUGAUUCAUGGUCCUUGCGGUACACUUGAUCAAUCUUCACCCUGCAUGAAAAAUGGCAAAUGUAAACGCAACUACCCAAAAGAGUUCGCAGCAGAAACACGAAGAGGUGACGACUCAUAUCCGCAAUAUAGGCGACGAUUCGACACUCCAGUACAAAUUAACCAAAAUGUCACGGUUGACAAUAGAUGGGUAGUUCCGUACAACCCUUGGCUACUACUAAAGUAUGAUUGCCAUAUUAAUGUUGAGAUAUGUAGUAGCAUCAAGAGUAUAAAGUAUCUCUACAAAUAUUGCUACAAGGGUCCAGACCGGGUUGCAAUGGAAGUUCACAACAGUUCUAAUGUUGACGAGGUCCAACAGUUUGUUGAUGCAAGAUGGAUUGUUGCUCCAGAGGCAUGUUGGAGAAUAUUUAAAUUUAACCUUUACCGAAUGUAUCCAUCAGUGGAAAGGUUACAAAUUCAUUUGCCAAAUCAACAUCAAGUGAGCUUCUAUGAUCACCAAACCAUUCCUGAAAUACUUAAUGAUGAUUAUUUCUCUAGAACAAUACUCACUGAGUUCUUUGCUCUAAAUCGUGAGGAGGACCAACAAUCUAGGCAUCUUUUGUACAGGAAAAUUCCAGAGUAUUACACUUGGCACAACAAGGAAAAGGAAUGGCGUCGGCGCAAGACACAGAGGAGAUCCAUCGGUAGAAUUUAUACUGUGUCACCUUCAGAAGGAGAAAAUUUCUAUUUGUGUAUUCUGUUAUCUAAUGUCAGAGGACCAAUCAGUUGGGAUGACUUGCUAACAGUGAAUGGGAUCCAAUAUUCGUCCUUCAAGCAAUCUGCUCAACAUCGAGGAUUGUUAGAGAGUGACAGUAGCAUCCGUGAAUGUUUGGUUGAGGCAUCUGUUUUACGAUUGCCAUGUGCUUUACGAAGGUUGUUUGCAACCAUCUUAAUAUUUUGUGAGCCUACAGAUGUAAGAAGCUUAUGGGAUGAAUUUUUUUCAUAUAUGGUGGAUGAUUAUCCGUCAACCAGCACCACAACAGCCUUAGUAUUCACAAAUCGGCUACUCAGGGAUAUAAAUGAUAUACUCCUUCAGCACGAAAAACAGAUUACACAAUACGAUUUGCCAGCUUUAACUCAUGAAAAUGACAAUGACAACUCGAUACCCAGAGUUAUCCAAGAAGAACUGUCUGUCAAAGUACCCCGAAUCCAAGAAGAACUGUCUGUCGAAGUACCCCGGGAAGACCUGUGUUCCGUAACAAGAUUGAACAAUGACCAGUCUAAAGCUUUCAAGUGCAUUAUGAAUACAAUUGAUCGAAGAGAAAGUGGAGUGUUCUUUGUUGAUGGGCCAGGAGGAUCAGGCAAAACAUUUCUUUACAGAGCUAUAAUUGCAGAAUUGAGAAAUAAGGGUCAUAUUGUCUUGGUAACUGCAUCAUCAGGAAUAGCCGCAACAUUAUUGCCUGGGGGUCGAACAGCUCAUUCUAGGUUUAAGAUCCCAAUUAAUGCAGAACCAUCAUCCAUUUGCAACAUAAGCAAACAAUCAGAUCUUGCAAAGCUGAUUAGACAAACAACGACAAUCAUCUGGGAUGAAGCACCUAUGGCAAAUAAAGAAUCGGUUCAAUCAUUAGACCGCACUCUGAGAGAUAUAUUAGCAAACGAUAUGCCAUUUGGAGGAAAAGUGAUGGUGAUGGGAGGAGAUUUCCGCCAAGUACUGCCUGUGGUACCGAAAGGUAGUAAGUCACAAAUGAUUUCAGCUUCUAUAGUUAAGUCUCAAUUAUGGGCUUCCACUAAAAUUCUCCAUUUGCGACAAAAUAUGCGAUCUUCUAAUGAUCAUGUUUUUGCUGAGUACCUUAUGCGCAUUGGUGAUGGAAUUGAACCCACCAUACAUGAAGACUUUGUACGGAUACAAGCAAAUAUGGCAAUUUCGUGGGAGGGUGAAACAUCGUUACACAAGUUAAUAGAAGAAAUAUUUCCAAACUUACAAUCUCAUGGGUGGGACGCUUCUUACAUGGUAGAAAGGGCAAUAUUGACGCCAAAAAAUCAUGAUGUGCAACAACUUAAUGAUAUAAUUAUCAACCAGUUUCCAGGAGAAGAACGAAAUUUAGUCUCAUUUGAUGAAGUAGAAGGAGAUGCUAAUAAUUUAUAUCAACAAGAAUAUCUUAACUCAGUUUCUACAGGCGGGUUGCCACCUCAUGUGUUGAAGGUAAAAAGAGGUGCACCUUUGAUGUUAUUGAGAAACAUAGACCCUAAGGCCGGCUUAUGCAAUGGUACAAGGUUACUAUGUCGUGGAACUUUUCAAAACAUGUUGGACGUAGAAAGUGACAAAAGUACUCCAGAUGAGACAAGCAAAGGCUACAAUCUUAAGAUUGAUCCACCGCAUCGUAGCGCGAGUCGAUACAUGCCAUCUGUGUUCAAAAAGGCCGCGAAGAAAUGCAAGAACCUUGUGAACUUCGAAAAGUGGACAGCGAAGAAGUAG